GGUAGUUCUGAAGCUACGUAAGCUUACCUCGGUGUGUUCCAGGGUUUUCCCUUAAUCAUAAUGUGUAGGAUCGUCUUUCUCUUCUUGUCCUUUUCACCAUUUCCCCUAGAAACUUGACAAUUUGAAUAAUUACACCAAUAGAUCCUAUCAUGGCUGAGUCACUCGUCUCCCAUUUUGCUAAGCUAAACCCUUUAUCGAAAAUUUCGUCUUCGGAAUAUGAUGAAGACGUUGGCCAAGAAAUCGAUAACACCACCAUCGCAGGGGGUGGUCGUGGUGCACGGCAGACUGAUAUUACGAAGAACCAGUUGAGAGUCAGCCAUGCGUUGAAGUCGUUUCUCGUCAGAGAAGAUAUUCUGCCGGAGGAAGAAGUUGGUUUAGAAUCGGAAGAGCCUGGCGAUGGCUUGAAAGCUUUACUCAACAAGUCGCAUAUUAACGUUCCCUUUGAAGUUACGGACAGAUCUUAUCCGCUCCCGGAAUACUUCAUUAGCUCCAGCCACAACACUUAUCUUCUAGGCCACCAACUUGCCGGUAAAUCCUCCGCCACAGCUUACGAGACAGCGCUUAACACUGGAUCCCGCUGCGUCGAGAUCGACGCCUGGGACAACGAGGAUAACGAAGAAGAGCCCAAGGUAACUCAUGGAUAUACCCUAGUUUCUCACAUCCCAUUUCGUGCUGUAUGUGAAACUAUCCGCGAUGUCGUUGAUAGGGAAGCUGUGCAAUCUAGCAACGCACAAGGGUAUCGGGCCGCACCGAUCAUGCUUUCGCUGGAGAACCACUGUGGAGCACGCGGACAGCUAAGGCUAGUUGAGAUCAUGAAGGAAGUCUUCGGGGAUCGUUUACUGAGUAAAGCCGUCCGAGAGAAAGGCCAUCGCGAGCAAGAGGGUAGCAGUGAUCCGGUGACGCUGGCAGAACUCGGAUCUAAAAUAGUCUUGAUCGUCGAAUACCAUUUACCCGACGAGGCGGACGUGAGUGAUGAAGAAAAUGAUACCAGCCCCGAAGAUGAAGAACAGAGACAGGCCCGAGUAUCUUAUCUAGCUAAGAAGAAAGCCACGGCUUCUAGUUCCAUCGUCCCGGAACUUGCGGAACUGGGUGUUUACGCCCAGUCUGUCAAACCAAAAGACAACUCUUGGUUUGAGGGUGUCCUCAAGGACGGCCCCCACGACCACUUAAUCAACGUAUCAGAGACGGGGCUCGCGUCCUGUAUGCCUGGUUCGAGUCAGAAAAUUGCCGAACAUAACUCUCGCCAUUUAAUGCGCGUGUUUCCAAAAGGCACACGUAUCACGUCAAAGAACUUGAAGCAGGUUCCAUUCUGGGGAAUCGGAGCGCAUAUUUGCGCCAUGAACUGGCAAACAUUCAAUGCUAGCAUGCAAAUCAACGAGGCUCUCUUCAGCGGCACCGAUGGUUACGUUUUAAAGCCGGCGGCCUUACGAGCGGGCGGUAGUAUGAACAUCAAUACAGGCAGGAGAAAGAGGUUGCAGUUACACAUCGCGGGUGCAACAGACAUUCCCGUCCCCGAGGACGUAGAUAAGGAUGAUGUUAAGCCUUACGUCACCUGCACGAUUGUUCAUACUGAUGAACUAAGAGGUGAUCAUCCCAAGCGCAAGACUGGCGCCUACAAGCAGCAUAAGCUCGGCUUCCUGCAUAGGGGUGAAAACCCACCACCGACUGAUCCAAUUUGGAACGAGAUACUCGAGUGGGAGUACGAAGACAAUGAAUUGGUAUUCCUACGUAUACUUAUCAAGAAUGAUGUUAGCUUCGCGGAGAAUCCUGUCUUCGCUGUUGCUGCGGUGAGGCUUCUAUACGCCGUCCCGGGUUGGAGCUUCAUCCGCAUGUUGGACCUAAAGGGACGAGAAACAACGUGCUCCUUGUUGGUUAAAUUCAGUGUACAUGAUAUCUGAUGGAAAUGAGAAGAGAUUUUCUGGCAGCCCCAGACCCGCGGUAGUAGGAUCAGAUUAAACCCAUGUACGGUACGCUGCGAACAUAAAGAUCAAAUAACAUUCAUAACAAUCAAAUUGAUUACUAAACCAAACAGAAA